AGCUUGGAUCCGCUGACUAGGGACGUAAAACAAUAAGCCCUAGCGGCAAUACAGUUCACUCUGCUUGUAGAAAGUAAACUGCAAAACGCAGGAAUUUUCUGAUACGUCGACCCGAGGUGAAGGUGUCAGGGGUCCCAUAGAAGGGCCUAGGCAAAUCACUACAAGGUUCGUUCCUCCAAUGAUAUCACCUUUCCAGCUAAACGUUGGUUAUAUAAAGCCUCACCAUGGAAUGGCCCGUUUGGUUGUCAAACUCCUUUCUUUCUACUAUCUACCUAUUCUUCUCCUGCAAUGCCUGGCCAAGUCUUGUUUCAACCCAAUCCUUUGCCAGACCCUUCGCAGCUCCCUGAAGCGUUCCUUGACUUUAGCGUCAAGUUGAACACCCAUAACUACCUGCCUGCUGAUGAACUGAAGGCUGUUCAAAGGUUCAGGCGUGCAGCCGACUAUAUUGCUGCAGCAAUGAUUUUCUUAAAGGACAAUGUUCUCUGCGAGAAGGCUCUCACAUAUGAGAACAUCAAACCGCGUCUUCUCGGUCAUUGGGGAACGUGUCCUGGUCUUGUAAUGGUGUACGCCCAUUUGAAUAGAAUCAUCCGCAAGACCGGCUUGGAGGCGUUGUACGUUGUUGGUCCUGGACACGGCGCUCCCGCUAUUCUGUCUUGUCUAUGGCUCGAAGACUCCAUGAGUGUCUUUCUCCCAGAAUAUACUCGAGAUUACAAAGGCCUUCGAGGGCUGAUCUCAAAGUUCAGUGCUCCGGGCGGAUUCCCGAGUCACAUUAAUGCAGAAACUCCGGGAGCUAUCCAUGAAGGCGGGGAGUUGGGAUACGCGCUUAGCGUUUCCUUUGGAGCAGUCAUGGAUAAGCCGGACCUAGUCGUAGCUUGUGUCGUCGGUGAUGGUGAAGCCGAGACUGGCCCCACUGCUACAGCGUGGCACGGAUUCAAGUACAUCGACCCUGCCGAGUCUGGUGCGGUUCUCCCGAUCAUUCACGUUAAUGGCUUCAAGAUUUCGGAACGUACCAUCUAUGGAACGAUGGAUGACAAGGAGAUGACCGCCCUUUUCACCGGGUAUGGUUAUCAAGCGCGCAUCGUUUCCGAUAUUGACAACAUUGACAACGAUCUUGCUGCGUCUAUGGAAUGGGCAUUGGCCGAGAUCAAGACAAUUCAAACAGCUGCUCGGACCGGUAACCCGAUCGUCAAGCCCCGCUGGCCUGUCAUAAUCCUUCGCACUCCCAAGGGUCUAGCUGGACCCAAAUCGUUUCACGGUGAACUUAUAGAGGGGUCUUUCCACUCUCACCAGGUUCCAUUGCCGAAUGCCAAGACCUCUGCGGAAGAACUUGCGGCGUUACAGAGAUGGUUGAAGAGCUACAAGCCAGAGGAGUUAUUCACUACUGAGGGUGCUCCUGUAGAUGACAUCCUCAGCAUUAUUCCUGACGACUCUGAGAAGAAGCUCGGCCAGAAGAAGGAGAGUUACAAGGCGUAUGUACCACUCGAUCUUCCUGAGUGGAGUGAUCUGGCCGUAGAGAAGGGAUCGCAGGAAAGUUGCAUGAAGGCCAUUGGAAGGUUUUUGAAGGAGGUUGUCAAUCAGAAUCCUUCUACGUUCAGGAUUUUCUCUCCAGAUGAGCUUGUUUCCAAUAAACUUGAUGCUGUUCUCGAGAACAGUGGUCGUAAUUUCCAAUGGGAUAUCGCUUCCAGAGCAAGCGGCGGUCGAGUCGUCGAGAUUCUGUCCGAGCACACUUGCCAAGGUAUGCUCCAAGGAUAUACGCUCACCGGACGAACCGGUCUCUUCCCCAGUUAUGAAGCCUUCUUGGGUAUCGUGCACACAAUGAUGGUGCAGUACGCCAAGUUUGCGAAAAUGGCUGCUGAGACAUCUUGGAGGCAAGAUGUGGGAUCUAUCAACUAUCUCGAGACGUCGACAUGGACGAGGCAGGAGCACAAUGGUUUCUCACAUCAGAAUCCGUCGUUCAUCGGCGCCGUACUCAAUCUCAAGUCUAUCUCCGCCCGUGUAUAUCUUCCCCCUGAUGCCAAUUGCUUCUUGUCCACGGUCUCCCACUGCCUUAGGGCCAAGAACUACGUCAACCUGAUGGUCGGUAGCAAGCAGCCUACGCCUGUCUGGCUCUCAGCCGAAGAAGCCGACCGACAUUGUGUCGCCGGCGCCUCGGUCUGGAAGUUCGCCAGUGUUGAUGAUGGCGUCGACCCUGACGUUGUUCUCGUCGGUAUCGGCGUUGAAGUUACCUUUGAAGUCAUCGCAGCGGCCUCUCUUCUCCGCAAAUAUACUCCUGAUCUUCGCGUACGCGUAGUGAAUGUCACUGAUCUGAUGAUUCUGGCCGCCACAGGCUUGCACCCUCAUGCAUUGUCUAAAAACGCCUUUAAUACUUUGUUCACCGAGGACAAACCCAUUCACUUCAACUACCAUGGAUACCCCAUUGAGUUGAAGGGAUUGUUGUUUGGCCGACCCAGACUUGACAGGGUAACAAUCGAAGGAUACAAUGAAGAGGGCACGACGACUUCGCCAUUUGAUAUGAUGCUUUCUAAUCGUACAUCUCGCUAUCACAUUGCCCAAGCUGCUGUCCGCGGAGGUGCUCUCACCAAUCCUAAGGUUGCUGUAACAGCACAUGAGACCGAGAGUUAUUUCAAGCACCUCGCGCAGAAGGAGAAGGAUUACAUUUAUGCCAAUGGACAAGAUCGCCCGGAUGUUUUCGAUGUGCCAACUUUCAACUGAGUCACUGGUAUCGUGGGGCGCGUUCCGUUAACCUCAAUCCGCGCGUGUUAUGUUCCAGUGUUGGUCAGUGAUGAUUGUUUAGUUUAGUGUAAUAGUUUCGGAGGGCUUUUCAUGUACAUGUAUCAUAUAUCUAAUCAAUGUAUGUAGACUCGACAUUUGAAAGUUAAAAACUGCAGUACUCUUGAUAUGUCACUGGC